CGUAAUGUGCGUCGACGAGAAACAUUCGUUUUAAUCCCCGUACGAUUUCAUGUUAUAAUAAACACAUUCAUCUGUUUUUUGCGUUUCUCAGCUUUCUCGUUUGACAGUCCAUAUCCAGUGCAAAUUUUAUGUUGAUCGACAAUUUCCCAUUCAUGGAACAUUGAAUGUGCAGGUCGUUUUUUUUUAAUUAAAUGAUGUAUGUUAACAUGCAUAACUAACGUGAGGCACACUUCAGUUUGGAAAGCUAGCUAACACCUGCAUCGACUCGAAGCCUUCCAACAAUAUUUCCUAUUAUUGACAGCCAGCAAUGCAGAAAACCUGACGAUGAAGCAGACAGCCUCGUCCUUCCGGCAUUGAACUUGUUCAAUAAUUCCUCAGUUUCGAUCAUUCACCUUGACGAAAUGAAUUUUUUGCGUAAUCGUCUUGUUGUUCUGGGCCUGGUGUUGUUGGCCACAUUACUGCUGUACCUGCUGCUGCCAUCCAUUCGCCAGGGCAACAUGGAGCCUUCUCUUGAAGCUCAAAAAAAGGGGCAGAUGGCUACCCCUCCUCCUCCUCCACUUCAAGCCAGCAAUGUGUCUAUUCGCACUGGACAACUGCCUGGGGACCCUCCACUGUUCUUUCGAGAGGCGUUACCUGUUGACGGCGCUGGACGACAGAUAUUACCAAGGCUGCAAGUGGUUCUUCUGCACGGCCAGGCCUUCACAUCCAAUACAUGGGAAGAACUUGGUACAUUGGCUCUGCUGGCAACUAAUGGAUACCAGGCCUUAGCAAUGGACCUGCCAGGUUAUGGAAAAUCCCCUGACUCAGAAGCUCUAAAGACCGACCAGAAUCGAGUAGACCUGCUUUCAAGGUUCAUGGAGUCUUUGGGUGUCAGAGCUGCAGUGCUUUUGAGCCCUUCCAUGAGUGGGCAUUACUCCAUCCCCUUCCUUAUGAAGAACAGCGCUCAGCUACAUGGCUUUAUCCCCAUAGCACCAGUUGGUACCCGAAGCUACACUCCACAGCAGUAUCAAAAUAUUCAGACUCCCACUCUGAUUGUGUUUGGAGCCCUGGACACAAAUCUGGGUGCCCAGUCCCACAAGAACCUCAUACAACUGCCACAUCACUUUGUGCUCAAGUUAGAAGGAGCUCGCCACGCAUGCUACAUGGACAAACCCAGAGAAUUUCACCAAGGAUUGAUCGACUUCCUCAGCAAACUGAAAUGAGAUGUGUAGUGGAGGAAGAUGAGGUAGAAAGUUGGGGAAAAGGAAAGAUGAAGAAAAAAAACAGAAAGAGGACCGCUAUUCCUUUGGUUUAGUCUGGUGACAAUUUUGCUAAAACGUACUAUGAUCAGCAUCCUUCUCAUAUUAUCACAUGAAGCAAAGAUUAUUGGCAUGACAGUAGGUUUUAUCACAUGGAAAAUGGCACGUGUUAGUGGCAGUUAAUAAUACUAUAUUUCAGAUGUUGCCAUUAAGUACUUUUUUUUUUUCAAUUUUCCAGUGUCAUCCAAAAAUAUGAAACAAGUCAGCAGCUUUAUAUAGUGGUGAGUUUUGUUUCAUGUGUUUCAUGUCUCCCUUUGCAUGUAAAAACAUGGAAUGUGUUUUUCUUCACUGUUACCAUUUUUGUAGGUGACAUGUAGGUUAGUGUAUAUAUGCAAAUGUUGCAGGUACAUGUAUUUAAAAAAAAGCUUCUGUUCGCUUUACAUUUGACAUUAGUAUCAAGAUCUGGUGACCAUUUCAGCUUCCAGGCAAACACAUGCUGUUCUCAACAAAGAAAACAGAAUCGAUACAUGAUGUAAUAAAAUUGUAGAAAGAAUAUUGACCUGGAAAAAAAAAA